GUAUAAGAUUUAAAUUUAAUUAAGGAAGUCUGGAUGUAAUUGGCCCUUUAGAUUGUCAAAACCAUCGACAACAAAUCUAUCAAAUGCGUUGGUUUUGUCCCGUUUCUAAACAGAUCUGUCACAUUCUAAUUAAGUAUGCUCGUCUCAUUAUAGUCUCGUCUCAUCUCGACUCGCGACAGUCGCGACUCUCAUUCUUAUUAUCAUUUGUCGCAAUAUCUGAAUAAUAAAAUGACUGGAAUUGUAUAAGUCAUAUUAAAAACGUCUUUUUUGUUUUUGUUUGUAAUUUAAAUGACAAAUACAUAAUUCUCAGAACUUUGUUUUGUUUAUCAAGACGAUGUAUUUUGACUUGGUAUAAGUUUUAAGACGUAUGCUUUUUGGUGAUCCAUUUGUAAGCUUUAGGUUUAUUCCUAUUUAGGCGAUAAUUUAUAAAUAUGGUGGAAGUGAGUAAGUUUUGGUUCGACAAGGCCUGUGGGCACCGGGAGUGUCACAACUUAAUCCAUCCAUGGACUUACAAGUGUAGUGAUGCGACAAUAAGCAUGCUAGCAAGUAACAUUAAAGGGGCUUACAAAUUCUAUGCCAUGGUAUACCUGAUUCAAAUAUUGAUGAAAGGCAAGAAACUGACUAAGGAAGAGAUGCUGGAACAGUUUAAGCUGUAUCUUAAGUCUGGAGUAUUUGGCCUUACUGUUGGUAGCUCUUUUGUCACACUGAACUGCAUAUUCAGGAAAUUGUUCUUCAGCGAGUUCACUUACUAUAAGACAGUAUUGCUACCCUGCACCAUCAGUGGGCUUGCAGUGUACUGUGAACCACCGUACCGAAGGGUGAUGGUUGUUAACCUUUUCGUUAACUUGGUAUUUGAAUAUUGGUUAAGGACAUUAGAAAUGAAGGGAUGGCUCCGACGUUCCCCUGGCAGGGAAACGCUUAUCUUCAUGCUUGGAAGUGCUGUCUUCUUCUAUCUAAUGCGAAAAGAACGAGAUAAUCCGAAACGGACUCCUUUGUUUUGGUUCUUCACGCCUCCCCGCGUGUCGAAGGAAGUAGGCGAGCCGGUGGAGGGUGUUGGAGGCAGGAGUCCGGCCUGUCCCCACGCGGGGAAUUGUGUCAACUACGUGUUGAAGGGCACAGCGCAGCUAUUCGGCGUCGGCUGCGCAAUGACGAUGCUCCGGCAGAUCAUCCCGAAGAUACUGACUCCGGCUAAAGCGUUCAAGUCUUUGAAGUUCUCGCAUAUGAAACUUGGCAUUUUCUUCGGAGGUUACAUUGGAAUUUAUAGGUUGAUAGUGUGCCUGCUGUGCCGCGCGCACGGGCGCGACAGCGCGCUGUGGGCGCUGCCCGCGGGCUUCCUCGCCGGCGCGGCCUUCCGCGUGGCGCCCUCCACGCCCAUCGCACUAGCGCCGCUCACCUCCACGCUGCAGAUCCUGGGCUCGUGGGGCUACCAGAAAGGCCUCAUCCCCGAGAACCUGCCGUUAGUUGAGCUCUUAUACUGCCUGUGCCAAGGCCUGCUGUUCCACGCGCGGGUCAUGCACGAAGACGUCUGUCCACGCUACAUCAUCAACUUGAUGCACACCGUCACUAGUAACCGAGCCGAUGAAAUCCAGAAAGGUUUUGUACAAAAAGUUUUGAAAGCACUAUAAUAGUAUACAUACACAAAAUUGAAAUUAUUUAUUUUUAGGAAAAUGUAACGCUACAUUAUAUAUAACAUUACAAUAUUAUUUAUGUUACGACUUACGAUGUUAAAUUACUUAGCGAUGCUGUGAUGAUUACGUUAUUAUUUGUGGUACAGGGUUAAUUUUAAUUUGGUGUUCUGUUUUGUUGUUAUGUUGACGGUGUUUGGUAAUUUGUAUUUAUUUUAUAAGGAAUUUUGUGAGGAUAUUCAAAUAUUAGUAAAUCACUUCAAUAUCGAUGAUACUAAUCUCUAAUUUUAAGUGUUUGAUACCAAAUGCUCCUCAUAAAACAGUUGCUGUUUCCAUAUUAAAUAUUAUCAAUGGUUGCCUUACAAGGGUGAUGGUAGGUGUAAGAUUUAAGAUCAGUGGCGUAGAAUAUAUUAGUUAUUAUUUUAGUGAAUACCGCGUAAAACUAGUAGUGCUUAAUUAUUUAAGAUGUAGGGAAAACUACAGCCCUACCGGGCCUACCGCUCAACUCAGAAGGCUCGUCAGGAAGAUGCACGGUAGUUCUUCAAAAGCUAAAAGAAAGUAGCUUAGUUUGGGACUAAUGGUUAAAAUUUUCUGCUAACUGGGCCGAUGUCGAUUUUUUCCCCUUAGAUUUGGACAAAAUUUGGCUGAUUUCUUCUACCUAGUGUUAUCCCGGCCUGCCGCGAUCCUGCUGCGUGCUCUCUCGUGUGAGCCCGUUUACGCUCAUAGAGUCUGGCUACUUGAAUAUUACAUAAAUGUAUGGCGAAAAAUUCAAAAAAUCUUGGGCUGGUCACACUUUGUGUAGUAGGAAUUAUAGUUUUGAUGCUGAAAAAUAUUUUCUAUUUUCUGUGUACACGUAUGGUACCUAAAGAAAUAAGUUAAAUAUACGUUGACGUGCUCUCAAAGUCAGCUCGCAUAAUUUCUACCACUAUGUAAAGUACAAAUGUUAUAUCAAUUUACUACUGACCAGUCACUUCACAGAUUUCUUGUAAAUAUUGGUUUUCAGUAACUCGUUACGUUCCCAUGUUUUGAUUUUAUUGAUAUUUUCCAGAAAUUCUGGUUUAUCCGUUUCUUUACACACUUACGACUAUUCAUGAGAUUCAGGUAUUAACAAAUUUCGGUUUAAAGAGUAUUUAUUGUCUGAAGAAAUUACAAAAUUUACGUACUUAAUCAAUGUUAUAAGCAAAUGUUAGAACUAGUACUUAAAGUAUCAAAAUAUUAUUAUUUUUAGAGCACCAAUCCACUAAAUUGUUUACAUCUUGUAAACAUAGCAGUUUUUCGUUAUACAACGCUUCAAUUUCAACGCUUCGCUUUCGUUAUACGAUAGUUGGCGGACCUCACUCGGUAUAGUCAUUAUUAAUAUUAUUUAACAUAAACCCCUUAAAAACCGCGAACAAUUUGAAUGAAUGACAUAAAUUGACAACAGACUUUUAGCUUUUUUUUUUAAAUCAUAAACAUUGGUGACCACAAGGAAAUAUCUGUCAACAAUAUUUGGCCAGCCAGACACUAUCUGCUUUCAUGACAUCAAGUCAAACCAUCGCUUUUACGAAAAUAUCAUACGUUUUCGUAACUUAGAGGAAGAUUUUUUAGGACAGACGGUGAAAGUGCGCUUAUAUUGUAUAGAAUAGGAAACUAUCUAUUCACUAAAUUUAUUCGAAUUCGGUUGAAACAAAAAAUUCGACAACAAAUUUAAAAUCGACUCAACAGCAUCACACAAAUCAGUUGCAAACCGCCAAACUUAAAGAAAUCACAGUGAACUAUAAUAAAUUCACAUUCCAUAAGAAGAGUGAAUUGAGCGGUAGUCCUAGUGAUAACAUGGUUUUAUGAAUACUUUGCCACUGGUCAGUAUAGACAAUUAUUGAUAGAUAUAAAUAUAGAGCUACAAAACAUCGAAUAGAAGCCAAGGACCAUGGGCAACUUUGUAUGGAGCCUGGUCUAAAAACCAACAGAAAUAAGAGUUAGGUUAUUACUCAUUAGAUAGGUAUUCAGUGUCCAAAUAAGUAAAUUAAUUGCUGCAGGGUAGAUGUUCGCACACGCGUUCGCCGUGCUCACACAGCGGUGGACUCUAUCGCCUAGGUAAUAAGAGUUAUGACAUUUUGACUAAAAUGGAAAUAUCUCAAUUCUGCAAUGGAAUUCCGCUUGGUGCCCAUAGAACGAAAUGAAGUACAUAUAAUUACCUAAUUCUCAACUCUGUUGGUUUUUGAACCAUUAUAACGCAUAGUCCUUUUACCUUAGGUAUAUUGUCUUGAUUGUCAUUGAUGAAUGCUCGAAACAUGUACACUACGCAACUAUAUCACAAAAUAUGUGUUUAUUUUAUAUUAAGUACACAGAUACGAUUAUUUACUGUGUAUGCCUUGAAAAAGAUUUUAUUAAUUUGACCGUCGUUUAGUGCUUUUGAUUUUUCGAGUAAUCAAUGUGUCAGAGAUCAUGACAUAAAUAAUGAAUGGUCCAAUCCGUAUUGAAGCGGUAAAGGGGAGGGCUGGAGUUAAAGACUAAAUUAACGAGAUUAUAUUCAUGCUAUCGUGAAAUUGGACAUAAGUUUGGAAAAAAACUAUUUAUUGCACCCUUAUUAUUAUAAGACUUCGUACUGCAAAGUUAGACUGCUUGCUUCCAAAGUGAAGACUGCCCAAAAAACAAAUUAUAAUAUAUACACAAUGAAAGUUAUAAUCCUGUAUGUUUUAUCUGAGUAUUACGAGUAAAAAAAAUAUUUAAAAAGCGCUUGUCGAAUCCCUUAAGCGGUUCUAGAAUACUGUGUUACAUAAAAAAAAAAUGUAAAUCUUUUUAAAGCCACGGACAGACAAAAGACAAUUGUCUUACGGCACGUGUUGCCAGCGACGUCGGGUGAAAUGCCGCGAUGUUGCUGGACUUCGAUCAACAUGUCGGGCGACAUUGCGCGCCUUACAUUGAUGUCGAGCGAAGUCCGAUAACGUUGUGGCACUGCACCCGACGUCGCUGGCGACGUGCCGUGUGACAAUUGUCCCUAAUCUACCCGUGGUUUCAAGCACACCGAAUCUACUAAAACUGUAGCGAAAGAAAUUAACUGGACGAAUGACAUUCUGUUAUAUCAAGGUCACAUAGCCACAAAAUUACAUGGCCUUUUUAUGAAUGAAUUAAUGUACGUAAACCAUCCAUUACGUAGCUCCCUGUACGUAAUGGAUGGUUUAAGUUAUUCAUUCGUGACAUUAACGCCUGCAUUGAUCAUAUGUUCUCUUCUAUACGUGUCUUAAUCAUUUGGCAACUUUACCAUUGCUUUUCUACCUCACUAUUUGUUCGUGUUUAGUUAACCUAUAAAGAAAGACAAGCCAUAAGUAGCUAAUGUGUCUCUUUGUAAUAAAUUAUAUUUACAAAUGGUUAAGUAAUUUGAACAAUAAAACACAAGGUGUAGGGUGUAGGUAUUUGCUAUGUAGUAGAACGUUCAUAUCUGAACAUUGAAACGUUAAUUUAUGAUAUAAUGUUAAAGUUUUUAACAAAUUCAGUGCCAGCGCUUGCUACGCGCUACGCUACAAGGGAAAAUGCGUAUGUUGCGAAAAGCGACUACGGACUGAGCGCCCGCCUGGCGGGUUGCUGGCCUUGAAUUCGUUAAAUAACAAAUAAUAUAAACGUAGAUUAUGUCUGAGUAGAGCGAUAUUGAAAACUUUAACUUUGUAUCAUAUAUUGAAGUUUAAUUUAACCUCGUGGCAUUACAAUAAGGCUUACAAAAAGUUACAAACGAUCGUAGAAACAAUGACAAUCAUGCUACGGUGGAGACUGAUCAUGUUGCUUACAACUUCAUAGGCUACGAAGAUUAUCAACUAAUCUGUGUAUAGAUGUAGUGAACGAUCCUUCCCCAUCACAUUUUCAUGGAAACGUACGUACGUGUUAUGCUAUUUCAGUCUCAGUACAAAAAGUACUGAGGUUGACUGAAGUGACAAAUAAAUACGAAUGAUUCCGAGAAAAUAUGAUGGGUAAGAAUUAUUCAGUUCAUCUGUUAAGUCGCUCUCAAAUAAAUCUCUAAGCACAUAACAUAAACAACAGCGAAUAUUUAUUUCAACACGAUUCUAUUUUAGCAUCCUGUAAAAGUUUUAAUAGCAUCUGACUUUACGGUUACAUGUACAGAUGUAAUGAAUAAUCCUUUCCCAUCGUAUUUUCACGGAAACGUACGACCGUGUCUUGCUAUUUCAGUCAGUCUCGAUACAAAAAGUACUGAGGUUGAUUGAAGUAACGUGACAAAUAGGUACGAACGAUCCAAGAAAAUACGAUGGGAAAGGAUUAUUCUACGGAUUAUUCACUACAUCUGAACAAGAAUUGCAUUUAUGACAUUUUUAAAAGUAAUAGAACUAUAGCACAAAUAAUGAAUCUAAGUCGAAUAUUAAUUAGCAAUUUUCUAUAUUUAUUUGUACCGAUAAGCACAAGUUCGGUUUGGGAUUAUUGUUCUUUAAUGAUUACAAAUUGUUCUCUUAGUGAUUGUUAUAUUUUUGUAAUAAAAUGUCUUUUUAUAACAAA